GAUGUACUGUGCGCGUGGACAUGUGCUGGUCAUGUGACUUCUCGUAGCUAGUAUUUAUAGGCCUUCUUUAUGUAGUCUAGGAAAGGCAAUCUAUGCUCUUAUUUUCAACUUGACGCCCUACGUUUAUACAUGUGCUGGAUAGCAUCCCUUCACUCCUGAUAUCAUUGUUGGUAUGUGACUACUCGUUCCCUUCACUGUACAUGGUCGUUUAGGACUACUCUAUGAUUCUAUGACAUAUGUGAAGACUUUUCUUGUGUGACCUCUACCGCCUUCUGCUCUUUUCCAAUGCUUAAUGGGUUAUAUAAAGUUUAAAGGCUGUGUAUUGAAAAUAAGACAUUUCUUCAUCGUAUUUAUCAAUGUUAACGUCAUUUUAGUACGAUUCCUUUGGAAGGGCUAUUUGGUUUCCCCGGCUUGGAACGAGGCGUUUGAUUCAUAUAAAGCCGACUAGUGGUUAGCUGGCAGUUUGCAUGAAUCGAAAAUGCAUUGAUAAUACUAACCUCUUUGAGUAAGUCGAGACGAUGCGAAGUUUUUCUCGUCUCCAGUUACUUUUCCCCCUUCAAGAACCCAAUCAUUCCUCCUUUCUCAAUAAUACACAGCCUCUUCGCAAUCAAAUCAAUAUGUAUUAUCUACUCAGUAUACAAUGAAUGAUAUGAUCCCCGAGAUAGGAAAAAGUGUCGUGUAUCGAACCGGCUAUAUACGACGAACGAAUCACGAGCCUGUAAUCACGAGCCUGUAAUCACGACAUUAGAUUCUAUUUGCGUACCACAAUGUGUAUCGGGUAAUCAUUUACGCAGGUUUCCGCGUCAGCUCAACUCCAUUUCCUCCUUCUCGUACUCAAUGGAUAACACUUCCGGCUCUAACGUCGAUCCACCAAUCGCAAUCCGAAGUAAUCGAGGUUGUUGGACGUGUAGAAUACGGAAAAAGAAAUGUGAUGAAGUACAACCCGGCUGUUUGAGGUGUAAGAAUGUGAAUGUAGAAUGUCACUAUGGUCCCAAACCGAAAUGGAUCGAUGAUCCAAAGUGUGGAAAAGAAGAAUUGGAAAGGAUUAAAGUCAUAGUUGCUGCAUCUGCAAGUAAAAAGAGAGCCGCUUUUCGUGCGAGGAAAAAUGCAGGUCUCCUAUCGCCCUUGCCCAGAUCGCCAGAAUCACCUAGUCCUAGUACUACAACGGAAAUCGCUAAGAAAGGAGACAAUUUACAAAUUAUCGACAAUGUCAUUCCAACAUCUACACCCCCUAUGGAAAUGAACCAUGAUAACCCCAAUGAGCCUAAAUCUCCGUUAUUCCCAGAAUGGAUAGAAGAUCAAGAAGCAAGUUUAAUGAUGCAUUACCUUGAUCAUGUCUUUUUUAUCCAAUUUCGAUUUCAUACUCCAUCAUUAUCGUCGGGAAGAGGAUGGCUAUUAUCACUGCUCACAAAAACUAAACCCCUCUAUCAUGCAGCUCUAACUCUGAGUGCUUUCCAUCGCCAAUCUCUUAUCUUGGAACGAGAAAGUGGUCAAGCGGAAACAGAUUAUCUGCAUGAAUUACAACAUCACUAUGAUUUAGCCCUAAAAGGAUUGCAAGAUUUCAUACACGAAAAUAAUAGAAAUGUAUCUGAACAAGGGGCCUUUGAUGGAAACAUUCAAAUUCUUGCUUGUAUGAUACAAUUGAUAUCCUUCGAGCUCUUCAACGGUGGUGAAAGCAAUUGGCAAGUCCAUCUCAGAGCAGCAUCGGAACUCAUAUUAGUGCUCCACGAAGUCUCAAAUGGUAGGAUACCAGGCCCAGAAACACUAUUGAGUUCGUCGCGAUGUUUCAACACUUCAAGAGCAGGAUCGCCGGCAUCGAUUAUGAGUGAAAGUUUGGUUUCGAGGGAUAGUGCUGCGUUGGAUUUUUUUACGGGAGCCAUUAUUUGGAUGGAUGCACUAGCCUGUGUGUCAACUGGAUCCCAUCCUUGGCUUUCUGAAUUCCAUAACCGAUUACUCUCUGCCAAGAAACCUGGCUUCUCCAAAUCCGACCACAAAAUCCAACUAGCGUCCAUAAUGGGAUGUGAAAAUUGGGUCAUGAUAAUGAUUAGCGAGAUCGCCUGGUUAGGAACCUGGAGACGAAAACAUCAGUCUGAUUCAAGCAUAGACUUCGCCCAACAACUAAUCUACACAGAACAAAAUAUUCGCAAUCGUCUCGAAUCGAAAAAUUCAGAGACGCUAAAGGAACUUCACGCAUUGAGGUCUAUUCAUCGAGGAACUCCGCCCUUCUAUUCUACGGAACUGUAUAAUAAACAUUCCGUCCUCCUGUUAUCACACAUUUUUGCCUGUGCAUCUCUCAUUUAUCUUCAAAUGGUCAUCUCGGAUAACUUACGUCCCGAAGAUAUCGACAUGAUGCUCCACAACACUAUAAACGCCAUGCGCAUGAUACCCAAUCCACAAAUGUUCAGAGGGUUAGUGUGGCCCUUGUGCGUGGCAGGCUGUUUAGCAAGCUCGAAACAAGAUCAGAGAUUUUUUAGGGAAAUAUCGAAAGCUGCAAUUGCGGACUCAAGAAGUUUCGGAAAUUCGAGUAGUGCAUUGAAGAUUUUGGAAAAGAGUUGGGAGUUGCAGAAGGAGGAGGGGAGAUUGGUUGAUUGCACCAUGGCGAUUAGGGCAUUGGGGAGUUGUAUACUUUUGGUCUGAAUUAUGAAUGUGUACGGAACUGGAAGUUCUAGCCGUUCAGAAGAUUUUUGAGGGAAUUAUAGGUGGUA